ACUGGAGGGCCUGGAGGCGGAGUAACAUUCAAAGUCCAACUAACCCGUCUGAAACGCACCACUUUCCCUUUAUACAAUCCAUCUUAUCUUUCCUCGCUUUAUCCAAUUUUUAUCAUCAAACUUUUCAAAGUUCUCAUCAUAAAUUUGUCUUCAUAAAGGCUUUACAAAUUACAAUCCAUUUACUUCACAAGAUCAGGGUUUAGGCCUUCUCCUUUCAAAGGCAAUUUUCAUAAUAGCACUCUGGCUUGCAUUUUUGGUAAAUUUUGCUCGGGAGGUUGCCAGAUGGGAUUGUGCGCUUCAAAACAAGACAACGAUGAUUCUGCUCACUUUAUUAUGGCUGAUGGAAAUGUGCAUCUUAUUACCACAGUUGCCGCUUGGGAGGAGAGUUUAUCUUUAGCAAAUCAACAGGGCAAAAUUGUGAUAGCAAAUUUUAGUGCGGCGUGGUGUGGGCCCUGCAAGAUGAUUGCAUCAUAUUAUUGUGAACUGUCAAAAAAAUAUACUUCUUUGAUGUUCCUCACUGUCGAUGUCGACGAACUCCCAGAUCUAAGCACCUCAUUUGACAUCAAAGCCACUCCAAGUUUCUUCUUCCUUAAGAAUGGAAAAGAGAUUGACAAACUUGUAGGUUCCAACAAGGCGGAGUUGCUAAAGAAGAUAACUGCCCAAUUAGACGGACAAGGGAUCACUUAUUAGUGAGAUUGUGUAGUGACUGCCUUUGAGCUUGUCGCUUUGACUAGUCGUCUGGACUGCAGCCAAUCAUGCUUACUUUCACCUAUUGUAAAGCUAUGGAUGAAAAUCAUGUUACGAGUGUGUUAUUUGUAUUAGUUGUAUACUUGUAUGUGAGUGAGAGUGGAUGCUCAGGAAUCAUGAGCAUUGGUAAAAUAGUGUAUCUUUUCAGGUGGUCAUCAAUUUUGUAUAUUCAAAAUUCAAAAUGCAGGGGGGCUUGAAUCUUGAUUCUUGAUGUUCAUAAUGUGGUUUUGUGUUAUAACCGACUUGUAUUGGUUUCUAACUUAAGAUUUUGUAUUCUCAAACUCUUGUAAGCAAUAAUAAUUAUCAUUCAGUAAUAUAUUUUUUCGCUUGUGUACAA